AUGCGGGCAUAUAUCGGGAUCAAGUUCCAUCCAGACGAUAGGAAUCGGCAUGAUAUUGAACAAUUGUCGGACUUGCUCACCUCCUGCGGCUUCGAGACAAUCUGUGUCCGGCGUGACAUUGAGAAAUGGGGGGUCAUUUCUCUGUCUCCCGGAGAAUUGAUGAGGGAGACAUUUGAAAUCAUUCGCUCGUGCCAGCUAGUAGUCAUUGAAUUGAGCGAGAAGGGUGUCGGGCUAGGUAUCGAAUCUGGCUACGCGUUUGCGCAUGCCAUCCCGGUGAUCACCAUUGCGCGAGAUGGCUCUGAUAUCUCUGAUACGUUGCGUGGCAUCUCUCAGGCGGUGUACCUCUAUGAGAAGAUGGCUGAUUUGCGCGAGCCUUUUCAGCACCUCGAGAUAAGAGAACAUUCCUGA